AAAGAGCGAGCAGCCGGAGGAAGAGCGGAAGGGCGCACGCGCAGCCGGAAGAGACUAGGCAAUGCGCUCGAUCCCAUGCUUCUUCUCUGAUCUUGACUCGAUUCGACUUGAUUUCUUGAAUGCUUUUCCGCCGAUGGUUUCCGGGCUUGCUUCGAGUUCUUGAUGGGGUUUCUUGAAUCGGUUUGCUCGUCUCAAUCCUGUGGUUUCAGAGGUGUGUUCCUCUUGUUUCCUAACGUUCCUAUUCACGGUUUGGGCUCAAACUGUGAUCGAUGUUGCUCAUUAUGUCACAAUUUGGUUUCCGAGUUGGUUUCUCGAAUGUGUUUUCUCCGAUGGUUUCUGCUGUAAAUUAUUUCCUUCCUUUCUGAUUGCUUUCGCUUCCUGCGAUCCUUUGCUUUAUGUCUUCUUGAUCCCUUUUCUUUCGCUUCGGCCUAACUCUGGCUCGAAAUAAUAAUCUGGAGUUUGAGCAUGAGAGAGAAACGAGCAAGAGGAACUCGAUACGGCGGCAAGAUUUAUUGCCAAUAUAAUUGGUGAUCGAUAUUGGAGUUCUGUACUUCGUCGAUAAGGGAGAACUUGUUAAGAUCGUCACAUGCAUCGCACGUGAUACUAAACAAUAGUGUUAGUUUGAUUGCGUAUGUCAAGAGGUGUAACGGCUCAAAGACAUGGUGGGCCCUUCCUGCAAAUUUGCUCGAACCCGAACGCGAACCCGAACCCGACCCAGACGCAGCAUUAAUCGGCAACUCGUAUAUUGGUUUCUGUUUCUGGAUUAAAAGAAAGAAAGACGGGCGAGGGAAAGGAAAAGGGACAUAAAAACCUAGAGAGAGAAGAGAAGGGGGGAGAGAGGGAGAAACGGGGGCAGAAGGGCAUAAUAUCGGGGGCGUGGCUGAUCGAGCAAGGGGAUGAUGGGGGGCGUGGUGUACAUCCCGGUCCAGAACUCGGAGGAGGAGGUGAUGGUGGCGCUCGAUCAUCUGCCUCGCGACGCCACCGACAUGAUCGACAUCCUCAAGGCCGAGCAGGCUCCGCUCCACCUCUGGCUCAUCAUUGCGAGAGAGUACUUUAAGCAAGGGAAACUCGACCAAUUUCGGCAGAUUUUGGAGGAAGGAUCAAGCCCAGAGAUCGAUGAGUAUUAUGCUGAUGUCAAGUAUGAGAGGAUCGCUAUACUAAAUGCCUUGGCUGCGUACUACACUUAUUUGGGGAAGAUUGAAACAAAACAACGAGACAAGGAGGAGCAUUUUAUUUCAGCAACCCAGUACUAUAAUAGAGCAUCAAGAAUUGAUGCACAUGAACCCUAUACAUGGAUCGGGAAAGGUCAGCUUUAUGUAGCGAAAGGUGAACUUCAGACAGCAUCUGAAUCGUUUAGAAUUGCAUUAGUGGAAGAUCCCAACUGUGUUCCUGCUCUUCUGGGUCAGGCUUGUGUUGAUUUCAAUAUUGCAGAGAGAGAAGAACAUUACAAAAAAGCCAUGGAUUCAUACAGGAGCUCUUUAGAGUUUUAUAAGAGAGCAUUGCAAAUAAAUCCAAGUUGUCCAGCCUCUGUGAGACUUGGUAUUGGCUUUUGCCGCUACAAACUUGGUCAGUUUGAAAAAGCUCGACAGGCUUUUCAGCGAGUUCUUCAGUUGGAUCCAGAUAAUGUUGAAGCUUUAGUAGCUCUUGGAGUAAUGGAUUUGCAAACCAAUGAAGCUCAUGGUAUUAAAAAAGGAAUGGAGAAAAUGCAAGGAGCUUUUGAGAUUCAUCCUUAUUGUCCAAUGGCCCUCAAUUGUUUAGCCAAUCACUUCUUUUUUACUGGUCAGCAUUUUCUGGUUGAACAGUUAACCGAGACUGCUCUGGCUGUGAGUAGCCAUGGAUUGAUGAAGGCACAUUCUUACUACAACCUGGCAAGAUCAUACCACAGCAAGGGGGAUUUUGAGAAGGCAUUGCGGUACUACAUGGCAUCUGUCAAAGAAACCAGUAAACCGCAAGAAUUUGUUUUGCCAUAUUAUGGUCUUGGUCAAGUUCAACUAAAGCUAGGAGACUUUAAAAGUUCACUUUUAAGCUUUGAAAAGGUUUUGGAGGUUCAUCCUGAAAAUUGUGAAAGUCUAAAGGCUGUCGGACAUAUAUAUUCCCAGCUUGGUGAGAUUGACAAAGCGGUAGAUACAUUCCGUAAGGCUACCAGAAUUGACCCAAAAGAUUCUGUGGCAUUCACAGAACUUGGUGAGCUGUUGAUAUCAUCAGAUGCUGGGGCUGCGCUGGAUGUGUUCAAAACUGCUCGCAACCUCAUCAAGAAAGGAGGGCAAGAAGUACCAAUAGAGUUAAUGAACAAUAUUGGAGUUCUAUACUUUGAAAAGGGAGAAUUUGAGUUGGCUGAACAAACUUUUAAGGAAGCAUUGGGCGAUGGCAUAUGGCUUUCAUUUUUGACUAGGAGUAUAGACCGCAGUGCCUACUACUCUUUCCAGUACAAGGAUUUUAGUCUAUUUCAUCAGCUCGAAGAAGAUGGGUCAUGCAUUGAAUUGCCUUGGAAUAAAGUCACCACACUUUUCAACUAUGCCAGAUUACUUGAACAAGUAAAUGACACUGAGAAGGCAAGCAAUAUGUACCGGCUAAUUUUGUUCAAGUAUCCGGACUAUGUUGAUGCUUAUUUGAGACUGACUGCCAUGGCAAUAGCACGAAACAACAUCCAACUAAGCAUUGAAUUGAUAACUGAUGCUCUCAAAGUAGAUGACAAAUGCCCCAAUGCUCUAUCUUUGCUUGGUGACCUGGAACUUAAGAUUGAUGACUGGGUUAAGGCAAAAGAUACAUUCCGUGCUGCUAAAGAUGCGACUGAUGGAAAAGAUUCCUAUGCUACUCUUGCCUUGGGAAAUUGGAACUACUUUGCAGCUAUACGUAAUGAGAAAAGAGGUCCCAAGUUGGAAGCAACCCAUCUUGAAAAGGCUAAGGAGCUGUACACCAAAGUUUUAAUGCAGCACCCCAGCAACUUAUAUGCUGCCAAUGGUGCUGCAAUUGUAUUGGCUGAGAAAGGUCACUUUGAUGUUUCGAAGGAUAUAUUUACGCAGGUCCAAGAAGCAGCAUCUGGCAGUGUAUUCGUUCAGAUGCCAGAUGUGUGGGUCAAUCUGGCCCAUGUCUACUUUGCACAAGGGCAUUUUGCAUUGGCUGCCAAAAUGUAUCAGAACUGCUUGCGAAAGUUUUACUACAACACCGACACCCAUGUUCUUCAGUACUUAGCCCGUACCCAUUAUGAGGCUGAACAAUGGCAGGAGUGCAAAAAAACUCUUCUGAGAGCCAUUCAUUUGGCACCCUCAAAUUAUACACUUCGAUUUGAUGCAGGAGUUGCAAUGCAAAAGUUUUCAGCUUCAACACUACAAAAGACAAAAAGAACUGCUGAUGAGGUACGCUCAACUGUCACAGAAUUGAAGAAUGCUGUGUGUAUAUUCAGCCAGUUAUCUGCAGCUUCCAUCUACCAUUCUCAUGGAUUUGAUGAGAAGAAACUUGAAACUCAUGUUGAAUACUGCAAGCAUUUGCUUGAUGCUGCUAAAGUUCAUUGUGAAGCAGCUGAACGUGAAGAGCAGCAGAAUCGUCAAAGACUGGAAGUUGCUAGACAGGUUUCCUUGGCUGAGGAAGCUCGACGUAAGGCUGAAGAACAGAGGAAAUUUCAGUUGGAGAAAAGGAAGCAAGAGGAUGAGCUUAAACAAGUGAUGCAACAAGAAGAACAUUUUGAACGUAUUAAGGAGCAAUGGAAGCAUUCCAGCAAUACUGCUGGUAAACGGAGAGAGAGAUCUCAGGUUGAAGAUGAAGAAGGUGGUGACAGGAGGAGACGAAGAGGUGGUAAGAGGAGGAAGAAGGAGAAGAAGAUGAAGACUCAUUAUGAAGAAGAGGCUGACAUGGAGGACGAGCAUGAAGACUUAGAGGAAGACACAAAUGCCAUGAAUGAAUAUGAGGAUGAUGGUGUAGAGAAAGCACAAAAUGAUCUUAUCGCUGCUGGUCUUGAAGACUCGGAUGCUGAAGAUGAUUUGGGUGCCCACUCAACUGCAAUAAAUCGAAAGAGGCGAGCCUGGUCAGAAUCUGAUGAGGAUGAUGAACCAUUGGGCGAUAGAGUGACCACAGCUGAAACUGAUGAAGAAACUAACGGAAUUAAAGCAAAAGGUGUUGCUGGUGAUGACGAUGAAGGUGACGACUAACUAUGGCUCCUAAUGAUUGGAGAAGGCUUUGCUGUCAGCCAUCCGGUGAGUAAUUUUAUGUGGUUACUUUGUCUGUUUCAUUCAGAUCAAAGUAAUUGUAUUGUCAAAUUUUGUGUAGGAUUAGAGUAAUUGUAUUGUCAAAGUAAUUAGGGUUCUGACAUGCUGCCGGGAAUAGUGCCAUCUUAUAAUAUACUU